AUCCGGCUCUCUCUCUCUCUAGGUGAUCGAUAUUGUCAAAACCGUCUAAAUCGGAUUUGGAAAUACAGUGUCGCACUCAGUACAACUUUCCCUCUUCUUCCGCGCUACAGCUUUGGUCCCAUCUGCGGAUUUUCCAGACUUGCCGACGACACAGUCUAUUCUCCUUCCUUUCUCACCAGAAGACAAAUUCAAUCAUUUAGGGAUUCAAAUUUUGACCACUAGAACAUCUUCCCCCUCAUUCUUUCUAGGUUUCCCUUCUAUCCUUAUCUUCUUUCCUAUAUAAUCUGGGAUCUGUCCGUUCUUGUUUCUGCUAGGUCCACCUUCGAUCAAAUUUCUUUGAUUCAGUUGGGUUUUGUUAAUUAAUGGAGGGUUUCACUUCUUCAGUCGAAAAUCCGGUCGUGUUGGCGCCAAUGCCUCCAGUUGCCGAUCAAGAUGGAUGUGAAGACGGGUGUAGCAUUUGCCUCGAGCCUUUCUCUUCUGGUGAUCCUGCCACUAUUACCAAUUGCAGACACGAGUAUCAUCUUCAGUGUAUUCUUGAAUGGUCACAAAGAAGCAAAGAGUGUCCAAUAUGCUGGCAGUUGCUUGUCUUGAAGGACCCUGCCAGUCAGGAGCUUCUUGCAGCAGUGGAAAUUGAAAGGAAUUCAAGAUCAAGGCAUAGAUUAUCCGAUACUCACCUUCCCCUUGAGGACUUUCAAUUCAGCCAUGAUGCAUCCUACACAGAUGAUUCAUAUUUUCAUGAGCGAAUUAUGCAACAUCUAGCUGCUGAUGCCCUUGGCAGGCCACAUUUUGUUAGGGGGGAGAGGUGCAGAACUCCUGGCAUGGAUCCAUCCCAAAUCUUUGUUUUUGCCUCUCCUGCAAAUGAAUCUGAUGUUCACAAUACAUACAUAACUGAACCAACAGAACCUCAAUAUAUGUUAUCCCCUCAUGCUUCUCCAGAAAGUAUCCUACCUUCUUCCAUCGAUGCUCGGCUGCCAUCCUCUCCAGUUUCUUCUCAUAUACAUAUGAGCUCUGACACUUCGGACCAUAGGGAUCCUUUUAGCCAGACACCACCCAGCAGUCCCCAAAGAUCUCGCUCGUCUGAGUUACUCUCCUUCUCGGAAUCACUUAAAUCUAGAUUAACUGCUGCCUCUGCCAAAUAUAAAGAAUCAAUCUCGAGAAGUACAAGAGGUUUCAGGGAGAAGCUAUUGGCACGAAACAAUUCAGUUAAGGAGCUGAGCAGGGAAGUUCAGCGUGAGGUGAGUGCUGGUAUUGCUGGUGUUGCUCGCAUUAUGGAGCGUCUAGAUCCUAUAUCGAAGCGUGCUGGAGGUUCAGCAUCGCCUUCCAGAUCUAAUGAAGGGACCUCAGGUUUUUCAUACGACGGGAAGCGUGUGCAAGAAAAUCCAAUUGUUCAGUCCCAAAAUAAAAAUGAUGAGGGAAAUGUUCAUGGUAUAGAUCCCAAUGUACCUUUCCAUGUCAUGGGAAGCCUUUCUUCUGUCCCAGGUCGUCUGGAAGUUCCUCAAGCACAGAUUAUACUCCUAUGGGAACCAGGUUCCAGCGACCCAUACCCAGAACCCAUUCGUCAUCAUCCUUAAUUACCUGUCACUCGGCAGUUUAUCUUUGCAUGAAUUUGGACAUAAUUUAAUGCUGUGGAAGCUGGUGGAGUGUAAGCAUCAUGUAAUUAUAUAAAUGGGCAUACAAGAAAAAAUCAACCCCCCCCCCCCCUUAUUCGUAGAGGUGACUGAUCCAUUGUCCUGGAUAUGUAAGGUUGAUUUGCAGUUUUACUUCGAUAAAAGAAAUCUCACAUAUAUAGGUAAAUUAUAGGUAGAGUUAUUUUCUAAUUUUACUGCUACUGAUGUCUUCAUCAAGCAAUGUGAGGAGAUAUAUGCCUCUCCAACAUAGGAGUAAUCCUGCUCCCCUUGCUUCUGUUGGUGGAAUCUGUAUUUCAAAAGAACUGGUAAAAUGCAUCAUUUUUCAUGUAAUGCUUCUUUUUUGGUAGAACAUGUAAUGCUUCUUACGUAAUGUAUUCCUGUGCACAUUUCACUAUA